AUGGCAGAAGUACACGUCAUCGGCUCAAUAUCGGGAGGUAGCGGGUUUCCAGAUGAAAGUUUAUUUUGCAAAUGGAAGAUACAUGCAGGCAGUGCAUGGCGUGUACUUCAGGGAGAGCAAGAAGGGCAGACUCAAGUUGAUUCACCCUCUCAUGAACCAGUAGCUUAUUGGUGUCAUCCGAUCGAUAUCCAUUUUGCCACAAAAGGUCUUCAAGGUACGUUACAAGUAUGGCACCAAGAUUUGUAUGGUCGUACUGAAUUGUACAGUUAUGGCUUUUGUCAUAUCCCAGUAUCACCUGGUUAUCAUGAAUUAGACGUUGUUACAUGGCGUCCAAAAGGUAGUCUUGCAGAAGAAUUAAAAACACAAUUUAUUGGCGGAAGUUCACAGUUAAAGUCAUUUGCCAGCAAUAGUUUCCAAUACAAAAAUUUCAAUCAACCAGACGAUUAUAGCCCAUUUAAUGCUAACAGUCAAGAUGUUAUUAAUGCAACAGCAACAAUAUUUCAGCAACAAUCGCCCGGAUCUCGACGUUUGUCAUCCAAGUCUCAAAAACGAAGAUCAACUGUGCCAGCUGUGAACAAUGGAAAUACACCAGUAACAGUUUUGUGUGAUAUUUGUUCAAUUCCUAUCACAUCAUUGAUCGUGUUUGAAAGCCACGUGAAAGGAAAACAACAUCAAAGAAAAUUACAAACAAUAUUAAGAAAUAAUCCAACAUUCAAGCCACUAUCGUAUAAUGAUUUGUGUCAACCAAUACCUCAAAAGCCUCUGAAUAAUCCCGUUGUUUUUGAACAAAAUCCCGUACCACAAGCCUCACUACCUCAAAUACCGACUGCACCUUCUAUUCCGACGUCCACCUCUUCUUUAGUCAUUCAAAAACAAAUGCCAAUCACAACAUCUGUUGACAAGGUUGCAUUUAACAAUACCACACUGAAGCCCAUCGCACCACAAUCUAAAAUUCCACCGCUGAUUCCAUCAAAAACACUACUUUGUAAUAUUUGUAAUAUUUCGUGCAAUUCAGAUGAGAUGCUAAAUGCUCAUAUUCAAGGAAAAAAACAUCAAUUAAAAGCAAAAAUGAAUGUGUUAAAUAAUCUACCUAUAACUAGAAGUUGUGAAACAGUUUCUGCUGGCGAAGUUGAAACAAAAUUUCCGUGUGUGAUAUGUGGUUUAGAGUUAUCAACUAUCGAACAAUUAAGAAGUCAUGAAAAUAGCAAAAAACAUAAAGCAAAGAUGAAAGAAGCAGCACUUUGCGCUGAACAAAUAUCUGGAUUAUCAAUCGAUUAUGACAAAUAUAAACUAUCUGAUGCACAAAAGAAAAUCAUAGCGGAAAAAGAUAACAAUUGUUUUGAUUAUCAUUGUCAAGUCUGUAAUAAGAUGAUGACGGGAAGGUUACAAUUAGUAUUGCAUAUAAAGAGUCAAGGUCAUGCAAGAAAAGCAAACGUUAUGCCAAACACAAGAUGGGGACAACAACGUGGAUCGAGACCACUAUUCCGAGGAAGUCGUGGUGUUGGAAAUUUUCGUGGUAGCAAUGUUCGAGGUCAAGUUCAUAAAAAUCCUGGUCUACGGGGUCGAGGCAGUAGAGGAAAUAUACGUGGUCGUGCACGUAUGGAUACCAAUUCCAGACGUUCUGAUUUUGGAAGAAGUAAUGCGUUAUCAGCAGACCAACAAACAAACGUGGUUUUUAGAUAUGACAAAGAUCCAAACUACAAUCAAAAUCCUAUGGUUCUCAAUGAGACCAAACCAUUUGUAUUUGGUGGUUUCGAUGAAAAUACAGAUGUAACACAGACGCAUAUAAAUCAAUCAUUAGACCAAUUAGCAAAAGUAGCAAAUGAGCAACAAAAUCUUAAACCGAAACGACAAGGACAAAAUAAUAAUAUGAAACGAUUUAAUAACAAUAAUACGCCCAGUGAACAAGGGAAUGCAAAUAAACGUUUAAAAUCAUAUGGACCGGUUUACAGUAAUACAGUGAAUUAUACCCAAGUACAAAAACAACAAAUGAAUAGAUAUAAUAACGGUGACCAACAACAAUAUCAACAUCCUUUUUGUCAAACAGAUGGUCCAUCAACACUUCCUACUUAUUCAACAAGUCAACAUGAUCAAUCUUAUCAUCAUCAAAAUUAUCCUUUGCCUCCAUCUCCUACUAAUAGUAACACUAAUUAUUCUUUUAAUAAUUACUAUUCAACAAAUGAUCAAACAGCGGUAAAAUGUGAAUCAGACUAUUCAAGCUAUAUGACAAAUCCUAAUAAUAACCGAUUGUCUCAGCAACCAUUGGUACCACCUUCAUGGAUCUCACGUUCUGCACCUUCGAGCCUUCCGCCAUGGCAUUCGUCUACUGCAGAUCCACCAUCACCAAAAAACUACGGUAUUACUGGAAACUAUCAUCAAUUUGGACCCUAUUGA